CUCGGCGCCUCGGGGCCGCGGGAGGAGUCGCGGGCGCGCCGGGAGGGACGCGGCGGCGGCGGCGGCGGCAUGGGCCGGGGGCCCCGGGGCGCGGGCCGCCAGCCUCGCCGCCUGCUGCCGCUCCUGCUGCUGCUCGGCCUGGCCAGCGGCGGGGGCCGAGCGCCGGGCGCCGACGAUAUCUGUGCCACUUGCCAUGAACACGCUACCUGCAAGCAAACAGAAGGGAUGAAGAUGUGUGUUUGCAAAUAUGGAUUUGUGGGCAAUGGGAGGACUUACUGUAUUGAUAAAAACGAGUGCCAGUUUGGAGCUGCUGUGGUCUGCGGAAACCACACAUCUUGCCACAACACGCUCGGAGGCUUUUACUGUGUUUGCCUCGAAGGAUAUCGAGCCACAAACAACAACAAAACAUUCAUUCCCAAUGAUGGCAGCUUUUGCACAGAUGUAGAUGAGUGUGAGGUUUCCGGCCUGUGCAAGCAAGGAGGACGGUGUGUGAACACUUAUGGAAGUUUCGAAUGCUACUGUAUGGAUGGAUACUUGCCAAAGAAUGGACCCGAGCCUUUCCACCCGACCAGAGAUGCCACGUCAUGCACAGAAAUAGACUGUGGCACCCCUCCUGAGGUCCCAGAUGGCUUUAUCGUCGGAAAUUAUACUUCUAGGCUUGGCAGCCAGGUUCGUUAUGCUUGCAAAGAAGGAUUUUUCAGUGGCUCAGAAGAUACAGUUUCAAGCUGCACAGCCUUGGGCACAUGGGAGUCCCCAAAAUUAAAUUGCCAAGAGAUCAAGUGCGGCCAUCCUCCGCAGGUGCGGCAUGCACUGCUGGUGGGGAAUCACAGCUCCAGCCCGGGCAGUGUGGCUCACUAUGUCUGUCAGGAGGGCUUUGAGAGCCCUGGAGGAAAGAUCACUUCUGUUUGCACGGAGAAAGGCACUUGGAGAGAAAGUACUUUGACAUGCACAGAAAUAAUUACAGAAAUUAGUGAUGUAUCAGUGUUUAAUAAUACCUGUGUGAGGUGGCAGAUAAAUCCAGGAAGGAUCAUCUCCAAGAUUGUUUACGUGAUAUACAUAAAAGGACAACGGUUGCACCCUGUGGGAUCAGUUCACGAGGAGACAGUCAACGUGACCACAGACAGCAGGACCCCAGAAGUGUGCCUAGAUCUGUACCAAGGCACCAACUACACCGUGAGCGUUUCCAUCGCCCCCCCUGCGCGCUCCGUGCCGGCCAUCAUUGGGUUCCAGACGGCUGAAGAUGAUCUCUUAGAAGAUGAUGGAAUUUUCAAUAUUUCAGUAUUCAGUGAAGCUUGUUUGAAACUGAACAGGCACCCUAGGAAACUCGGAUCAGAACAAAUGUACCAAUUUAAAGUUCUGGGUCAAAGGUGGUAUCUGAAUAAUUUUUAUCAUGCAACAUCAUUUAACUUUACAACAAGGGAACGAGCUCCAGUGGUGUGUUUAGACCUGCACCCAGCAACUGAUUACACAGUGAAUGUCACCGUCCUGGGAUCUUCUGAGCAGCACUCAGUGCAAAUAAUGAUGGCAAUGGCACCAGCAGUAAAACAGAUCAUCGGUAACAUUUCAAUAUUUAAUGAAACCUGCUUGAGAUGGAGAAGUACAAAGACUGCUGAUACAGAGGAGAUGUAUUCAUUCCACAUUCGGGGCCAGAGAUGGUAUCAGAAGGAAUUUGCCCAGGAGAUGAUCUUUAAUAUCACUGCCAGGAGCCAGGCUCCUGAGAUGUGCUUGGACCUGCGUCCGGGUACCAACUACAGCAUCAGCGUCCACGCUUGGUCUUCUCAGCUUCCCGUGGUCCUCUCCCUGACAACCCAGAUUACAGAGCCUCCCCUUCCGGAAGUAGACUUGGUCACAGCGCAUGGAGGGCCUCUACCACGUCUGAGACUGAGGAAAGCCAAGGAGAAAAAUGGACCUAUCAGUUCAUAUCAGGUGUUAGUGUUUCCCCUGGCCCUCCAAAGCACAUUUUUUUGUGAUUCUGAAGGGACCACCUCAUUCUUUAGCAACACUUCUGACGCUGAGGGAUAUGUGGCUGCAGAACUACUGGCCAGAGAUGUUCCAGAUGAUGCCACGGAGAUAUCUAUUGGAGACAGGCUGUACUAUGGGAAAUACUAUAAUGCACCUUUGAAAAAAGGGAACGAUUACUGCAUUAUAUUACGAAUCACAAGUGAAUGGAAUAAGGUGAGAAGAUGCUCCUGUGCAGUUUGGGCUCAAGUGAAAGAUUCGUCAUUCGUGCUGCAGCAGAUGGUGGGCGUCGGGCUGGGCUCCAUGGCCGUUGUGAUUGUUCUCGCAUUCCUCUCCUUCUCAGCCGUGUGAUUGCAGAUGGGCGCUACGUGUGGGGGAUGCAGUGCUGCUGGGGGCAGGUGUAAUGACAGCCUCUCAGGUGCCUGCCUACACAGAGGCCCCGUGUGGCUUCCAUCCAGGUGUGUCUGGGUCUGCAACUUUUUCCAUCCCCAGCUUGGCCCCAUUUCUGGAUUCAAGACGGUGAAUACCUCUGUGGAACCCCCCAAGAGGAGGAAACUCAGGAAUUGCUGACGUCUUCUCUGCCUACUACACAACCAGUUCUGUGUCCGUGUACUUGAGACCCUUGAUAUAUAGUGUAAUAUUGACCACAGGCUACAGAUCAUGUGGGUUGGACCUUUGUCUUCCUCUGAGUGAUUCCUGAGAGUCAGCUCUUCUGGAAAUUGAAUGCAAGAGAGUCUCUGCACCUUCCUUUAUAGCAUCUCUGGAUUCAUUUGGAAUCAUCCUUUUACAAUGAGCAAUGAGAUGGACUUAAGUUUGGGCUAGAAUUUGCCUUUAUGAAGGAGGCCAUCGAAAAGGAUAGAGAUCAUUGACAGAGGCAACUUGUCAAACAUUUUAGAAGCAACCCCUUUCCUACAAUUAAUUGACAUACUAAUAGAAAGUAUACUAACCUGGCCACUCCAGUAAGUUUCCUGCAAUGUCUGUUAGGCAGCGUUGCUUUGAUACAGAUCCAUGGGUCUUACAGGUAUUCAAAAGCCAUAAGUUUUCAUUCAAAUAAAAAUAUUCUGUUAAUUUAGACAGUUCUUCUCUUCCACACCAAAGUUUAUAGCAGUCUUGGCUAACUUUUUUCAUUACUCUCUCUUAAAAAUGCCCUUGUCUUCCUUUAGAUUGGGUGCUCAUGUAGUAACAAUGGGCUGAAACACUGUCAAGCCCAUGGCCAGCGUCCAUGUGUUUACAGGGAAGGGGGAAGAAUGUGAGUGAUGUGAUCUUCCCCUUUACCUACAGCCUCAGUGACAAUGGCUGUUACUUUAUCAUGAACCAUGACACAUUAGAUGUAAGCGGUCCUGGGCCCGCUCUCAACUUGCUGAAUUUACAGAUGGGCGUAUUAGAUUGGACUUUUAAAACCUGAAUCAGUGUUCUUUAACUUUCCUUCCUAACUGAUGGUGUGACUCCAAGGCUCAGUAAGAAACGAAUGGAGCAGAGGCAUGUGGCUCUCCUAGGCAACAAUGGUAUUCUCCCUCUUCUCCCUCUUUUUCGAGGCCUGGAGAAUAAAAAGCUUGGGGGAGGCAAGCAGGGGACAGUUGUAGUAUAUGACCUUCGGGGGCAGUGUGUAUGAACACGGCCCUGGAAUUGUGCAGGGUUGCAGUCCUGCAGAAGAGGGACAAUGUUCCUGACGGGGUGGGGGCAGAGUUCUCUCUCUGCUAGCUCACUGGGCAUUCGUUGAGGGUCAGAUCUGAGUGGUCUGGGCUGGUGGGCAGAGGAGGAAACGAGAGGAACAACAGAAACAGGUGGAAACUGUCUGUGAAGCGGCCCUGCCCUGGGAGACCUGGCUCCAAGUAUAUCCCCUCAACUGGGGAGAGUCAGAGAGAGGGAAGUGAUAUCCUGACCCUUGGGUGUUCAGGAACAGCUGUUAGCCCCAGGCCCCAUCAGCAUUCAGCAGUAUUUGGAAUAAUUGUCCUUUGUCCUCUGAGGCACCACCUUGGCCUAUAACCUAGGAUCAGCAUUUAGAAACUUUCGUGCUCUCAUCUUAGGUGCUCUCAAAAGACUAAUACACAUAGCAUUCUACUUUUCAUUUUUAUAUGCAACUAUUCAAGCUCAUAGUAUUUUCGCAGCCUUUGAAUGAAAUUUGGAAGCAUUACACAUUAUCGUGGUUAGUGUAGGGUAGGGUCUCUGAUGAGUAAGGAUUUUCCUGAAAGCCUCCUCUACCCAAAAGAGAAUCUGAACUCCCAUUAUUAUUAUUAUUAUUUUACUGGUUCUGUAAACACCAUAUGUUUCUGCAGCCUCCUUAACUUCCAGCUUUAGAAUUAGCUGCCAAAGAAGUUCCUGUGCUCCACAGGGGAGCUUAGCAAAAUUGUCAUUGAAAGGAAGAAAUCCCACUUGCUUAGUAUUAAAAGCUUCUAGUUAAAAUAACUCACUAAAUAUUGAGUAAAAUAUUACGUAAAAUGUACUUGUGGGUAUAGUGCGGAAGUAUGAAAGAAUACUAAAAUAACAAAAACAUGGACUUUUUCACUGCCUAUGAAUGUUCUAAAUGACAGCCCAGAGUUGCUCAGUAGUAUUACUUAACGAGAGCAGGGGCUGAGCAUUGGCAAGAGGAUGUGCCAUCUUUCUGCAGUUCUAAUUGUUUUCUCAUAAACUUGAGGGCAGCCAGAAGUUCUCUAAAUUCGCGUGGUAGCUUUGCCACAAGACUGUUCUUUUUUUCCCAAGCCGAUUCAUGGUUAAGGUGGGGAGGGGAUCUCAGGAGAGUGAUAGUGGGUCUUCCUGGGAGAAUGCAGGGUCUGUUUGUCGAAGGACCGGUAGGACAGCGCUCGGAGUUGGGUUUGCGUGCCACUACAUAAAGCUAGGCCCAAGCUGGGGGUGGAGAAAGGAUCUUUCCCUUAUUAACUGUCUUGGGGACAGUGUGUCGAGUUGAGCUCUGAGACCUGGCUGUGUGCUCCCUUCUAGAUGAGGAGUCAAAUUGGGGGUUGCCCAGCUAGGGGGCUGAUUAUUCCCUAGCUGAUUUGUGUGUGUGCAUGCCUGUAGUUUUGCUUUAUCUCAUUGGAGUUUUUGUUUACACACAUUCUUCCAUCCCCUCCUCACGACAGUUGUGGAUGGUGGGAAGGUCAGGGGUUACCGUUUUCCCCACAUUAGAACGGAGAAAUGGGUUCAGACAGGUAUAUGACCUGAAUUGUGGGGUUAAAUCUUCUGACUGCAAGUCUAGUCCUCAUUCCUGGAAUUGGACAGGCCUUGAGCUAACCUUUGAACAGUCCUUUUGGUUUUGGGGAGAAUCAGGUCUUUGCAUUUCCUACACACACACACACACACACACACA